CCGCGGGAUCUGUCAUUCGGAGAGAGUGAACACCUGGAUUACGAAGCACCGUUUUUUAUCUUUCUAAUUGUUGCUUUGCUUUUGUUUGGUUUGGUUUGGUUUGUUUUUUUUUUUUUGGGUUUCUUUUUUUUUUUUUUUUUUUCUCGACUUCUGGGCUUGAGAAACAACCUGCCAUCAUGUCUCGGGCUCCAGAUGAUGUGAGCAAGCUUACUGAAAGUACAUACAAGAAUGUGAUGGAGCAGUUCAACCCGGGCCUCAGGAACCUGGUCAACCUUGGGAAGAGCUAUGAGAAAUCAGUCACAGUGAUGACUCUUGCUGGAAAGGCCUAUUUUGAUGCAGUCUCAAAGAUCGGAGAGAAUGCUGUCGUGUCUCCAGUCUCCAGAGAGCUUGGUGUGGUUCUAAUGGAGAUUGCAGAGGCCCACAGGAAGGUCCAUAACGAACUUGAAGAGAAUUUUAAGAGGUUUCACAGAGAGAUUAUCAUCGAGCUGGAGAAGAAGACAGAGAUGGAUGUGAAAUACAUGAAUGCCACCUUCAAGCGCUAUCAGUCAGAGCACAAGCUGAAGCAGGACUCUCUGGAGCGCUCUCAGACGGACCUGAAGAAGCUCAGGAGGAAAAGCCAGGGAAAGCACUCAUCCAAGUAUGAGAUCAAAGAGAACGAGUAUUUGGAAACCAUCUCAUCACGCCAGAUGGACAUGCAGAAGUUCAUCGCUGACGGCUGCAGAGAGGCCUUGUUGGAAGAAAAGAGACGCUUCUGUUUCCUGGCCGACAAACACUGCAUGUUCUCCUAUCAAAUUAGCAACUUCCAUGAGAAAGCCAAAGACACGCUGGCUGUGAAGCUCCCUAGCUGGCAGGAAAAGUGCAGCGACAUCACCAAGGUGCCGGACACGGUGGUGACCAUGAUAGAGGGGCUCUCUACCACUACAGAACAAUCGCCGCUGGUUGAACGCUACAACAGGAACAACGUGGAGUCCGUGGUGCCUCCUCCAGCACCACCACUAAAGGCUCAGAUAAGUCCACUAGCCAAUAUGUUCAACCCAGAGCCCAGAUCUCUGCACACCUCCUCUUCAGACCACAACUCAGACCAGGGCAGUCUUGGAGAGGGCAGUCUGUCCCGGUCGACGUCCCAGUCAUCUGGUCUAAAUGUGGGCAGGAAACCCCGGGUUAGGACCAUCUUUCCUCACACAUCGGGCAACAACGACACACUCCUUAGCUUCGACGAUGGCGACAUCAUCACCCUGCUCAUCCAGGAAGAGAAGGAUGGCUGGCUGUAUGGAGAGCUGGAGAAAACAAGGCAGCGGGGCUGGUUUCCCUCAUCUUACUGCAGGCCUUAUACUGAGCCAGUGAUAUCAAAUAGCAGCAAUCUGGGCACUCCAGUGCGUCGUAUGAGUGCAGCCAGUUUGCCAGAGCAGGAGGCGGAAGAGCCAGUGUUAAUUCCCCCGCCAGACUACAGCGACGACAUCCCCUCUAGCCCGCUGGUCUCCUCAACACCCUCGCCGCAGAACACGGUUUCUUUAGUCAAUGGGACUGCAAAGGCUCCUUUCCUAGGAGGAGGGAAUCCAUUUGCCACGGUCAAGCUGAGGCCAACUGUCACGAAUGACAGAUCAGCACCAAACAUCUAAGGCAGAGCAGAAGACAAUUUUCACCGCUGUCAUGCCUUCAGGGGAAUCAUGCAACGUGGGACCCCUGCAACACAGUGAAUAUCACCCCAACCUGACAUCUCACCAGCCUGCAUGCUAGUCUCUCUCAGUACCGGUCUGCUCUAUUAAAGGGAUCCAUUGUUUCUCGGCGUAAGUGUGUGUUACUGUGCCAGUGUGUGUUUUACAUUAGCCACAACAGUGAAACAUAGCAUAAGCAACACAUUGACAAACAGGAUAUUCUGAAAAACUUUGUAGUGCAAAGAAAAUGUUUCAAAUGCAUCCUGUCUGUGUUUGCGUUAAAGUCGAAAUUCUACCCAAAAUGAAAAUGUAGGCUUUGUCAAAUCACCACUAUGUCACUUAAAGUUGCAAGCAAAUUGACAAUAACAUGUAUUUCUUGUGGCUGCUUCACAAUUAAAGCCAGGCCGUGUUUCGCCAGUUGAAUACCUUUAAUGUGAAGCAGCAGCAGUAUAACCUAACUCAGUUCUGAUGGUGUAAAGACAGUGAAUAGUCAGCAUUUAUGAGUAAGAUUAAACUAAAAUGGACUAUAUGCAUACGUCCUUUCCUGGGAAUCCCUCGUGUGUAGGUAGUCAAUUGGAAUCCAGCGUGGAUUGUUAAUGGUGGAGUCCGCCAUUAACAGCGAAAACUCUUAUGUAGAGGAUGUAACUACUGAAUGUAAAUACAUUGAAUGUGUAUUGCUGAAAAAAAUGCUGGCCAUAAAUAGAAUCAAAAAUGGGGUUGACUCUGAAAAUGAUAAGGAUUAUAUCUUUAAACUUCAAUGAAAAAUAUAAAACCAGACAACACUUUGUCUCAGUCCUCUUCCAAAGUACUGAAAGGUACUGGGCCAUCUUUUUGAAAAUGCAAGUGUAGAAACCAAAACCAGUUGCUUAAACUUUUUCUCCAAAUUUCUUCAAAACACUUUUCCACCAUAAUCUAAGCAUUUUGUAGACAAAGAAUUGCAAAAGCUGCAAAAGAAAAACCCAAUUUGGGACAAACAUGGUGAUGGAAGUGUGGACCCACCUGUUUGGUCCUUUGGCUACACAACACAUGCAUUACAGCGCGUAAGGUUUCUAGAGAACUUUUAGUGACUUUUUUUGUUUGCAUGUGGUGUACUUGAAGAUGUGUAAUAUGAGGCUGAGACAAAGCUGUCAGGGUUUAUUGUGAGUCUGGUGGUCCCAUAAAUAUCUAACGAUUCUUUACUGACGUGAAUAUGGAGAUAAAACCUACAUCGUCAUUUUGGGGUGAACUCUCCCUUUAAGAUUGGGUCUUUGACAAGAAGAGAAGUACCCAAUGUCAUGAGGUCUUUUCAGGCUUGUUUGCGCUGCAGUCAGUGCAGUGUUUUAAUACAGAAUGAAGAGAUCCAGGUGUAUAUGAUAGCAACCCUGAUGCUGAUGAAAAAAGACCAGCACCCAGGCUGUCUUCCUGACUUGCCAAAAAAUACAUAUACAUUGUUAUUUCUAUUUUUAUUAUAAUUAUUUUAUGUCUUUCUUUUUUUAAGAGGCAUUGUGAUAUACAGAGGUUGUGAGAAUGAAGGGAGAGUGAUGUGUUGGGAAAAGGGGUUAGUCCUUUGAGUGAAGGCAAACAGUAUGUCACAGUUUAAAAUGAGAAGGCUAUUUAUAUACUGUAAGUUUGUUUGAGAUAUUUAAAUAAUAUAUGUAUGCAGAAAUCCAUUCUGUGAAGGUGCCCGUUUAAACACGAUAGCCACUGUGCUCAAUAUGAGCCGUGGAGCCCAGGCUGAUUUUGAUUUGGCUGCUGGUAUGUAUUUUAUAUUGGUAAAAUAACCUUUUGAUGAAGGGAAUAUUUUUCACUACUCAUGGUUCCACUGUUUAAUGUAGAUUCUGUGAGCAAUGCAUAGUUCAUGGAAAAUAAAUAUGUACCGUACUGGUAGACAUUUGCAUUGUAUGUGAAUAUGGUGGGUCAUUGUUUGAAAUGAACAAAGUGUUAAUUAUUUUGUGAGGAAGGGGACUUUUUUUUGCCAUGUAUUUGCUUUACAGGAUGUAAAUGUAUGAUGAGGAGCUGAUUGAUGAAACAUUUUAUUGAUCAUAGACCCACUGAUGUAUGUAAGUGAACCCAUCAUACUGACAUAGUUAAUGCCACAUGCUUUCUUCAGAGUACCUUGCCACUGUGUUGACCAAUGUAGUCUUUUU